AUGUCACCUCGAUCGCCAACCGUGCAAGCCGCCAUGGCGGCCGUGAGCCGUCGGAUACGGGUGCCGCGUGCCACUUCACGGCUCUCCGCAACGACGACGGCAUCAACGCCUUGCACCUCAUUAUUUGUGUCAUCCAUUCUUAGCGAUCUUCACACGGAACUGACAUCAUCAUCAUCAUCUUCCGCGUCACAGGGAUUCUCAAAGGACGUCACCGAUUUAUCGUGCACGCUCCGUUCACUCCUGCAGAUGACUCGGGCAUUGGCGUCUCCGGCGGCAAUCACACAUGAAAUGAAACGAACGGACCCAAUUCUGGGUAAAAAUAAGAAGGCUUCAGACAGCCGUGUAGGAGACGCGUUGCCGCUGUACAAUCCAACCCUGGAUCCCACGAUCCUGCAGCGGGUAGCUGUUGCCGUCGAUAUUGACGGAGCAAUAAAACGUGCGCGGGAGUUUGUGCGUGCCAUUCGUGAUGGCGGUAACUUCUGCCGUAUUCUUUCAGGCCUAAGGGAGUUGCAGUCUAGACCCACCAUGCAGGAGUUGGAACUGCAGGCGGGUAUUGCGGCUAGAUUACAUCACGGCAGAAACGGCGAGCGGGUUCCGAGGCUCCGUGGCUUUCGGAUGUACACUAGUGAUAUGCAGGUGGCGGAAGUACUUCCCAGUGGAAAGAUUGUGACUUUUAUUUCUCCCACUUUGCCAGAUGCGGUUGAUACCUGUCAUUACAAGUCGGCCGGGCCCGAGCAGCGGUACCUACACUUUGUGCUUUACAAGGAAGGUUUGUCUCUUUCGAAGGCCUUUCGACUGCUGAGCGAGGCCUGUGAGGGGAUGUGCCUUCCAGAACACUUUUCAGCGAAUGUCGCACUGGAAGAGUCGGCUGUGACGGUUCAAGUGUGUAGUCUGUGUUUGUUACUGGCGGACUCAACCUCAUACGAGACGCAUCAAGCAAGCGUCGUUAAAAAGUUACUUCGAGUAAACCUACGACCUCUGCAAAUUAAUAUACAGUUACUCGGUUGGCGAUUCUUUCCGUGCGACCCCGUCAACAGUAGUCGUUGCCAGAUGCAGUACAGCAUGCUUCUAAGGGGCAUCACCACCCCCACCACCACUGGGCAGACGCAAUUGGAGAAAAGAGUUCUGGGAUGGCUUGCGGUGUUCCCUAAUUUUUUUGGUCCCUGUCACUUUGGAAUGCGGUCGCCGUCGUCUCUGUUUCGCUCAUACCACGCAGCAGCCGCGUGGGAGAAAGAAAUGCCGGCGGAAGCGCUUCUUAUUGCCGCGUGCCUCAGCGAUGACGCAAGAACAAUGGCAGGAGACGAUUGGGUAAGUGAGAUGGUGCGACUUUUUCAGAGUGGGGAGGAUCGCCCUGCUGUUUUGAAAGAGUGGUACCAUCUCCAUGUUUCAUGUGGAUUAAGAGCGCAAAUCGAAAGAAGCAAAUCCGCCCUGUUGUGGAACGUACUCGCUAGUUGUCGCAUUCACGAACUGGGCGGAGGCGCGGUGGAGGGAUCCCCUGAAGCUGGGGAAUUUGUGUUGCAUAAUGGCGAUGGGAUCCUACCUGCCAACGUCGUGGCUAAACCCGAGCUUUUUCCCGACGCGUCUUUGCUGGGCCUAACUCGUGGUGGCGAUGGCCUUCACGGUGCCCAUUUUGUUCUUACAAGAGAGGAGGCGGCGUCGUAUACGCUCCGUGAUGUGGUCAUUCCUCUCAACGUGGAGGGUAAUGAGGUCAUAAGUCACGUUUCACGUCUUUUGGGAUUUGCCCCCUCCUCACGCGGGCAUAAUCGCCUCUCGUGUCACCCGGUGUACUUUCGGCCGCUCUUUUCUGCUGGCAGUGGGCAUCCCCGCACGACUCUUCCGUGGGUCAAAGUCCUGCCGGAACUAAGCGAAUUGAUUGGGGAAAAUGGGGACGGCGUCUACAAGCUGCUGACGGAUAUGGAACUCCGACAGCGUGCCAGCUACACGGCGACCUCGCGAGGGCAACCCCGCACUCUCUGGCCGAUUGGAAAGUAUGGCUUCCGACUGGCAGAACGAUUGCCUGCCGGUGCCGUGGCGUUGGCCGCAUCUGAUACGGCACGGCAGAAAGGAACUAAAUCCCUGGCCCUUCACUUUACUUUACCCGCCCACACGUACAGCAUGGCGUCUUUUAGGGAAUUCGUGACAAUCGAGGAAAACACGACUUUGUCACACACAACUAUUGAGAAUCACCGCUCCGUAGAGAGAAAAGGCCGUGCGGAUGCGAAGAAAAAAAAUGCCUUUUUGGUGGGAGUGACCUCAUCUGAUGGGGAAGUUGUUGAUGGCGAUAUCUUGGGGAAAAUGGGGAGGAAACAGGCUUAA